GAGCAACUGAGCUUUGUCAAUUGGUCUGCCUUCCAACAUCCGAAAAUCCACAACUUCCAAUUAGAUCGACAAUAAAAUCUGUGUAGAAAUCCCUAUUUCUGUUCUACCGGUAUUAGCAUGUAGGUUCAGCUUGCGUGUUGAUCAUUGUCUGAAAAAUGAUUGCGAUUUAGAGUAUGCAAUACGGGUAUGGGCCUUGAUGCUUUGUUUGUUUUCAUUUCACAUGUUAGGAAGAAAUUCAAUAAUAAGUACGCAAUCGGAUUUGGUAAUGGAGGUCCGUAUGUCUAGGCUUCAAGUAAGAUGUUUGUAUUCAUGCUUUUAAUUGGUUGUGCUCAUUUCCUUCAUUUCACAGCUCUUAAAGAUAUCUAGGUAUUCAGGGGUAUGGCUGAAAAAGACAGAAUCAGUGGACUUCCUGGGGAUCUACUUGACCAUAUUUUGGGGUUCCUACCAAUCUCAGAUGCUGCUAGAACUUCUGCUUUGUCUACAGUUUGGAGAGAUGUUUGGUUAAGUCUUUCCCAACUCAUCUUUGACACUAAUUUUUUCGAUCACAUCAGACCCUUCAUUGCAGAAUCAGCCAUGUCUGUAAUCAACAAAAUUCUUAUGAAGCACAACGGACCUAUUCGAAAAUUUGUUUUCCAUUUUUGCAUGUUUUAUUUGGUAAGAGAAGAUGCGAACAAGUCUAGAUGGGUUGAGUUUGAUGAAUGGUUACUUUUUCUCACAAGAAAUAGGGUUGAAGAAUUGGACCUAUCUUUUCUCCCAUGUGCAUACAUAUUACCUGAUUUCAUAUUUUCCUGCUCAACCCUCAAGAAGUUGCGUCUUUUUGGAGUGUUUGUUGAACCAAUAAAGGCCCCGUGUAUAUUUCCCAAUGUCACUUCUCUUCGUCUUCAACAUGUUCUCUUUGAUUCCAGAAAUCUUCUUCAUUCUCCCACUUCUCUUCCCAUGCUCAAGAGUCUCGACUGUGAAAAUAUAUCUGAUUUCAACAUUACUGCCCCGAAACUUAGAAGUUUAAAAUUUUUUGGUGCUAAUUUUCAUGGUGUUCUUCCAUUUACCCUGGACUUGAAACCGAUCUGCUAUCUUCAUCUCUACCAUUGUUCUGCCAAGGAUAUUAUUAAAGAAUUAACUAGAUUGGGUAAACAAGGAACUACACUGAAUGUGGGCCAACUCAAGCUGCGUUUGUGUGCUGAAGAGGAUGAGAUUUCUGCCUUCAUUAAUUUGUUGCGAAUUUGCCCAAAGCUGUAUAAACUUGGUAUACAACUAUUUAACAACGUUGUGCCAACUACUACAAACGCGUUGGAGCAUUCAGAGUUUAUUGUGGCCGGGAUAUGCCAAAAUGUUCAUACAUUGAAUCUUUCUUGUGCAUUUAGAGGGUCAUUGCCGGAAAUGCUACUCUUCAAGUGGCUUCUUGCGUGCUUUCCCAUGCUUGAGAGGAUUUCCAUAUCUCAAAGAAUAACAUUUUGCUCCAACACGGAGUUAAAAAACAAACAGGAGCUUUUACACUUCCUUCGAGCUUCUUCAAAAGCUGACAUCUUUUACACUGAAAAACUUAAUUAGAAUUGUAGUCUAUUUUAAUUACGUAGUAUUUUGUAAUAGUAUACAUGACUGUUUUUGAAGUCAUUUGUAUGUAGUACGUGCUGCUCAGUACGACCAAGUUUCGACCUCUAAAUCUUGAGCAAUGUUACCUAUUAAAUUUUAGGCUUAAA